UGGAGUUACUAGAUGACGCCACUCCAUCAAAGUCUCUGUCUGACCUCACACCUUGACAAUCUACCACUUUAAUGAUCCUUGAUUUCUGACGUCUCACAAACUAAAUAACAAGAAUAAAGAAGUUGGUUACAUACAAAUCCAUUUGAGAAUCGAUCGCAUACAACCCUUGUCUAAGAUACCAAAUAAUCUAGCCAAGUUACCACAUAUCAGCCUCAUCUGAUUGAGUAUAUCCAACAACACUUUAACGACACAUCUGCUGUUGUGAUGGCAACAAACGACAAUGACGAUGACAAUACCGGCUUCUCAUUUGGCGCCCAACCCUUUGCUUGGGUUCUCAUUCCUCUCUUCGUCAUCUUUGUCCUCGGUCUAACCGCCACCAUCAUUCAAGUGAGACGACGUCGCCGCCGUCGUGGAAACCAAUGGCCCGGUCAGAAUACAGCUCCAGUAUAUACAGGUCUUCGCGGUGGAAGAAGAACGGCGAAUCGGCGAUCUCCAUGGAACGGCACCAGGUCUGAAGAAGGACUCAAUGAACUGGGACAGGCACCGCCGCCGUACGAUGGCAAAAAGGAGACGCAGGAUCCUUUGGAACUGCGGGAUCUCGAAGCUGGGAACAGGCCGCCUGAGUAUCCUGCUGAGCCCGCACCGGCUGUAGUGACGGAUGGUCGAAGAAAUUGAUUGCUGAGAUUUAGCUUCUGAAUUAUGACUUCUCGUAUAUUUGUUCAUUGGACUGUUUUAUACCUAUCUUUUUUGAACGGAGUUAAAGGGAUGAGCCGGGAGGGUACUGUAUUCGGGGAAAUGAAUGAUUCGGAAUGGGGUUACGAGGCGAUUCAUAUUGGUAUAGCAAUGAACAAUUCUUUCUUUUUAUCUCAUGAGACAAGGGCCGGAGGUCGAGUUGGGUCUGCCGAUAUCCGUGAUUCCGAUCAAGCAUGACCGAUUGGCGAGACCACUUUAGACAUCCAGUGUAGUACAGAGGAAAGAUGUCUAGGAGACUCGAGUGUAGGUGGCAAACCUGAACUGAACAAUGAACU